AUGGAAUUGCUGGAAGGAAUGGAUUUGCAAGAGCUUAGCGAAAUUGGGAACCAAAUAGUAUCGCACAAGCAUUCAACACUUUUGGCUGCAUACUAUCUCUUGAUGGCUCUCAAGUCCCUUCUAGGGUCGCUGUCAUAUGGAAGCGAGGUUCAAUUUUCUUUUGUAGAAAAUAUAAAGGAAACUUUCACAGAUAAAGCUUUGUUUGACAAAGAGAUUGCGCAGACAAUAAAGAAAACGGAAUCUAGCAUUGAUGAGCUUCUGAAUAGAGUUGAAAAAUGGGAAGAUUCUAUAGGCUUCAUAGCGAACGAAAACUUAAGCCUCCCCGAGCUUCAAAACUUCGAGGAGCUUGGGUCUAGCAUCUAUCCCUACUUCAUCUUUGCAGCUCGCAAUCCAAAGAGUUGUGAGUCUGGAAUAAUUUGGGAAAAACUUCGGGCAAUUGCUGCAGAAUCGAGGAAGACUCUAGACAUCUACAGCUCCACGGAUGUUCUGAAGAAACUGCUGGAUAUAGGAAGCGAAAUGUUGAGGUCUGAAGAGGUCAGAUACCUUACCGAAAAGCCCUUUCUCUCAGUACCCGAAUCAACUCCUCUCAGGCUGAUGGAGGGUGUAUCAGAAAUAUUGCAAGGGGACUACAACGAGUGGAUAUUCCCAUACUUCGAGCUUUGCGGGAUUUUGAGCCUACUCAGAAUACUCACCUCGCCUUUCUAA